AUGAUUGUUUUUUUUCCUUUCCUUUUUAUUGUUUUUUCUUUUCUUUAUCUGUUGUUUUUUUCUUGUCUUGUUCUAUUCUUUUCUUUUAUAUGGUCUUUUUUUUCGGUUGGGUUUUUCUUUUCCUUUCUCUGUUUUCUUUUUUUUUAUCACUUUCUAUUUCUUUUUUUUCUCUUUUUCUGCUUUUCUCUUUUUUCUCUUCUAUUUUUUCUAUUGUCUUUUUCUCCUUUUCUGUUUUUUCUUUUAUUUUCUAUUGUCUUUUUCUGUUUCUUUUCUGUUGUCUUUUUUCUCCUUUUUUCGAUUGAAAUUUUUCUCCUCUACCUCUAUUGUCUUUUUCUCCUUUUUUCUAUUGUCUUUUUCUCCUUUUUUUCUAUUGUCUUUUUUCUCCUCUCUCUUUCUUUAUUGUCUUUUUUCUCCUCUCUCUUUCUUUAUUGUCUUUUUCUCCUCUCUCUUUCUAUUGUCUUUUUUCUCCUCUCUCUCUCUAUUGUCCUUUUUCUUUUCUCUCUCUCUAUUGUCUUUUUCUCUUCUCUCUCUUUCUAUUGUCUUUUUUCUCCUCUCUCUCUAUUGUCCUUUUUCUUUUCUCUCUCUCUAUUGUCCUUUUUCUUUUCUCUCUCUCUACUGACUUUUUCUCUUCUCUAA